AUGUCUUGUAGCACAUAAUAGUUGAGGUGGACAUUUCCCCCGGGGACUGAACGAUAAGUCUCAAUCAGCGCCGCCCAAGACAACAUGUUGGUAGGACUUUUUUGUGUUUGGCAGCUUGGAAAACCAUGAGUUGAUGGUAACUCCAUAGUAACAGGAUGGGAAAAACUGAACAAGUGAAUGUGGAGUUGCCAAACGGAAAAUCCCCAAGGUAGUAAACAACCACAGACGCUGGCAUCGGCCGCGGAGGCCGGGAUACGCCCAAGGGGUCUGGGGCCAGGCUGCCGAUGACGCUCUUCCGGGGGCGUGGUCUGCAGUACGUCCAUUUCCGCCGCGCCUGCACCCUAGUCUCUGGUGCUGGUCUAGGUUUGAGACAGGGCUUCCCACGUGAGAUGCCGGUGUUCCCGACUCCGGAAGCGAUGCGCUCGGGUGGCGCGGCCAGGGCCUGCUGCAAGGCCUGCAGGCGCUGGCUGUCCGGGAAUGCGGGUGCCGCAGAUGGGGCUCCGCAGCGUGCCGCCCCCGACCGUGCAGUGGCCGGCGAGGCGCUCGUAGAUCUCUGCCGGAGGAGGCACUUUCUCAGCGGGACGCCACAGCAGCUCAGCGCGGCUGCUCUCCUGAGCGGGUGCCACGCGGGCUUUGGACCUUUGGGUGUAGAGUUACGAAAGAACCUAGCCUCACAAUGGUGGUCCUCUAUGGUGGUGUUCAGAGAGCAGGUCUUCGCGGUGGACUCCCUCCACCACGAGCCGGGCUCUUCGCAGCCCGGGGACAGUGCCCUCAGGUUAGUUUCUCCAGAAUGUAUACGCGAAAUCUUGCAAGACAAAGAGCUGAGUAAGGAACAGCUAGUGGCAUUUCUUGAGAACUUAUUAAAAACUUCUGGGAAACUACGGGAGACUCUUCUUCACGGGGCCUUGGAACACUAUGUUAAUUGCCUGGAUCUGGUAAACAGAAAGCUACCUUAUGGUCUUGCUCAGAUUGGAGUGUGUUUCCACCCUGUUUCGGACACUAAGCAGAUACCCAGCAGCGUUACAAGAGUUGGUGAAAGGACUGAAGCUUCGUUGGUAUGGUUUACUCCCACGAGGACUUCGAGCCAGUGGCUUGAUUUCUGGUUGCGUCAUCGGCUUCUGUGGUGGAGAAAGUUUGCUAUGAGUCCCUCUGACUUCAGCAGCGCCGACUGUCAGGAUGAAUCAGGACGCAAGGGAACCAAGCUUUACUACAGCUUUCCCUGGGGAAAGGAGCCACUAGAGACCCUGUGGAAUCUGGGAGAUCAGGAACUCCUACACAUGUAUCCUGGAAAUGCGUCUGCCAUACAGGGUCGAGAUGGGCGGAAGAAUGUGGUUCCUUGCGUUCUGUCUGUAAAUGGGGACCUCGACCUGGGCACGCUGGCUUACCUCUACGAUUCCUUCCAGCUGGCGGAGAACUCCUUUUCGAGGAACAAGAGUCUCCAGAGAAAGGUGCUUAAACUUCACCCAUGUUUAGCCCCUAUUAAGGUUGCUUUGGAUGUGGGGAAAGGCCCAACGGUGGAAUUACGACAGGUUUGUCAAGGGCUACUUAACGAGUUACUGGAAAAUGGGAUUUCUGUGUGGCCUGGUUAUUCCGAAACUAUGCAUUCCUCAUUAGAGCAGCUCCAUUCAAAGUACGAUGAGAUGAGUAUCCUCUUCACAGUUCUGGUCACUGAGACCACGCUGGAAAACGGGCUAAUCCAGCUGCGGAGCAGAGACACCACAAUGAAGGAAAUGAUGCACAUAUCCAAGCUGACAGACUUCCUGGUCAAGUACCUUGCGUCGGCUAGAAAUGUGUAGGGCUUCAAAAUCUGUAAUAAAUAAUCUCUAUUGAUUUCAUUAACUUAUAUUAAUAUGGUUUGGGCCUUUUGUAUCUAUAAAGUAGACAGUUUUGGUUCUUCCUUUGAAUCAUUUUUUUUUAUUAUCCUUGUAUAUGGUCUGUAGUAGUUUGAAUAUGUUUGGCCCCAGGGAGUGGCACUAUUGGGAGUAUGUAUACCACUGUGGGCAUGGGCUUUAAGACCCUGUUCCUGGCUGCCUGGAAGUCAGUCUUGCACAAGCAGCCUUCAGAUGAUGAAGAUGUAGAACUCUCAGCUCCUCCUGCACCAUGCCUGCCUUGAUGAUAAUGGACUGAACCUGUGAACCUGUAAGCCAGCCCCAAUUAAAUGUCCUUUAUUAGUGUU